AUGACCUUUUUCAAGCGCCACAGCAUCAACCACAACAACAACCUCUUCCACAACAACAACAUGAUGAACGGCAUGAUCGUCCGCAAGCGCGAUGCCCGCAAGAUGCUGGCUCCUCAACUGACAGUGAUGGAGCAGGCGACUCAACGGGUGCACUUUGACGAGCAACCUCCUGUCGUCCAUCCUAUCCAUGACCAUGUACGACCGGAAGAAGACGAACUGGUCUGGUACUCUAUGGACUACUUGCACGCCAUUCGACGAGAAGAAAUCAAGAACAACUUGCGAGCGCAGUACUACAGCAAGACAUCCGUCGUCGAAGACAGCGAGACGCUGUCAUGGCGAGGCAUGGAAGACAUUCUGGAGCAGUUGUCGAGACAUGACAAGCGAGAAGCUCACGUCGAUGCCGUCAUGACCAAAUUCCGAUCCCAACAACACAAGAAAAAACACCUCACCAAACAUGCACAGCAAACACUCCGCAGCUUUUCUCGAUCGCUCUCCAAAGCCGAUCGGCAACGCGCACACACACUCGCCCAAGCGGAUGCCCAGUUUGCAUGGGGCGGCGGCAGCAACAAACAACGGCGAUCGACAUCCUCCUCUGUCUCGUCCGCUCGUAGUUGGUCGUCUCCCCGCGAUUUUCUGCCCCAAAACCUCUUGCGGGCCAAAUUGGGCAUUGGCACGGUCAGUUCAUGGAGACCGAGUGGUGUAGUCAACAUGGACAGCGCAUCCUUGCGGACGGUCAAUUCGGAGGAUGAUCAUCAUCAUGCAAUACAAUAA